AUGGCCGAGGCUAAUAAGAGAAAUAUUCCCAUCAAAUUGGGAGACUUCAGCGUUAUUGAUACGGAAUUCAGCAGCAUACGCGAACGUUUCGAUUCCGAGAUGCGUAAAAUGGAGGAGGAGAUGGCUAAGUUCCGCCACGAACUAAUGAACCGCGAGGCAAACUUCUUCGAGUCCACCAGCUCUACUAAAAAAACUACAACAACAACCAGCUCAACGACAAACUCGGCACUGCCCUCACGAGUAGCCAAGCCACAGAACUAUGUAUCGGACAUUAGCUCGCCAUUGAUACAGGAUGAGGGAGAUAACAAAGUGCUGAAGCUGCGCUUCGAUGUCAGCCAGUAUGCGCCCGAGGAAAUUGUUGUGAAAACUGUUGACCAAAAGUUGUUGGUGCACGCCAAGCACGAGGAAAAGUCAGACACAAAGAGCGUUUACAGGGAAUACAAUCGUGAAUUUCUGCUGCCCAAGGGUGUUAAUCCCGAGUCCAUACGCUCAUCCCUCAGCAAGGAUGGUGUGCUAACAGUGGAUGCGCCUUUGCCUGCACUAACCGCUGGCGAAACUCUGAUUCCCAUUGCGCACAAGUGAAUCGGUGGGCAUGGAUGCUAAUGCAAUCAACCUUGUACCCCCUUCACCAACUCCCCAUAUACCAAGCGCCGUCAGCAUAUUAUCUAGCAACUACUAAAAAACGCGGAUUACCAUACUGAAUUGGCCUAAUAUACCCAAGCAGCA